GUGCAUUUUCAGAAUAUGGAAAAUACGUGUUUAGGGUGCUUAUCGAGACCCCAUGGUCGCGUAUGGUAUCCACUCGUCAGUGGAAGUGGCCCCCCCGGGCACGUAUCCUGGAGCUACCAUGCACAGCCUUGGAAGUAAGAAGGAGGAUUGUUGCACGUAUUUAAUGACCACCAGCAAUAAUAUGAUAUCAUAACAUUUCUGAUGAUAAUUAUGUGACCUCAGUCAGAGCAAUAGUCGUGACAGACCAGUUUUAAACGGAUAUAUAAAAAAGAAACCGUGUUUAUAGGCCGAGUCAGCACACCCGGCCGCUGCACGCACUGUAACCAUGGUAACAGUGAAUCACAAUUGCAAAAUAGGUUCAUAGGUUGAAAUAUGAAUUAAUGUGUCAUAUUGAGAAGUGAAAGCGGGGAAGUGUGACGAGUAAUAAUUCCCAGGGACACGCGUUUAUAAUCAUCUGCCUUCCCCUUUUCAGUUUCACUUUAGUCUUAACUAGACCGUGGUAUAGUGACAAUAAUGUCGUCGUUCAUUAAUCCAUUGAUGGUCUGUGUAGUCGCUACUGUUGCGCUCUAUUUUUGCCCGGAUAAUGGAUUCCAAAUCCGAGUUCCGAAAUAUGUCUUGCAAUGCAUCAUGGGUAGCAGUUUCCUUUACGGCGGUUACAAAAUCUUCUUCUCUAAACCGGCAACUGCUGUGAAAUCCAAGUUCAUCUACUUUUCAUCAAAAGAGACCAUGAGAGCACAGACUGCAAGGGAAUACAAAACAGACAAAAUGGAGAUGACAACGGAACACCCCUGCCCUAAAGUCGUUCAUCCCAAUGACGUACUUGUGCGCGUAUGCGCAGCGUCGGUCAACCCCAUAGACCACCAGAUAAUAGCUGGACACGCACGGCCCGUCCUCGAUCAAAUGCGCCUUCAGAAAGGGUUGCCGUGCGGUGGUGCGGAGCUACCCCUCAUCCUUGGUCGGGAUUGUUCGGGUGUUAUCGAAGACGUAGGAUCGAAAGUCGACAAGUUUACGAUAGGUGACGAGGUCUUCGUGGCAAUAGGCGCGGAAGAUACGCCAGGAACCUUUGCUGAGAAGGUGUUGGUCAAAGACUUCAUGGUCGCCAAGAAACCAUCAAUGGUCGAUCACACCAAGGCUGCCUCUAUACCGUACGUCUGCACCACAACCUGGGGUGCACUUGUUGGCCGAUGCGGACUGGGACCAAAUAGCACGGCAGGAAAAAGAGUUCUUAUCCUUGCUGGUACGGGAGGAAUAGGGACAUUCGCCAUUCAGCUUGUCAAGGCUUGGGGAGGUCAUGUGACAACUACCUGUCGCACAGAUGGUAUCGACUUGGUGCAAAGAUUAGGUGCUGAUGACGUCAUAGACUACACUAAAGGAACCAUACAAGCUGCUCUUGCUGAACGGCCCAAGUUUGACGUAAUCUUAGUGACUAUUGAUCCUCGAGCCAUCGCGCCAUGCCAAUUCGCCUUGAAGAGAGGUGGCAAGCUGGUAACCAUAGUGGUUCCUUUCAUUGACAACUUCAGGAAACAUGGCAUGAUUCUCGGAAGGGUGAUCAACGCAUUGCUCAAACUCAGAUGGAAAAUUGAGGAUUUCAUGUAUGACCGAACUACCAUGAUUUCCUUCAAUCGACCAAAUGGUGGCGCCCUAGAAGUAGCAAGAAAAUUGAUUGAAGACGGAAAGAUCCGUCCGGUGAUUCAGAAGACCUUUCCUUUCGAGGCUGCCAACGAGGCAUUGGAGUACGUUAAGCAGGGUCAUGCCCGAGGAAAGACGGUCAUCGUGAUGUCAUAUGCUGAGAAACGUCACGAAGAUGCCAAAUCUGAGGAGAUAAUAAGUGAAUGAUGAGACACCUUCCCUCAUCAUGCUCAUGGACAUUUGUACAUACCGCGUGGCCGAACUCAAAAGGGUCAUUAUCUUUUUUUAAGAAGGGUGUUAAAAGGGGAAAUCUGUUUCCCUGGGGCGUCUAUUACAUAAUAAUUAUAAUGAAACGUUUUUGUAUAGCGCAAAAUACAUAAGCAAAGUUGCAUGUCUCUAAGCGCUUUUUACAGAAGGAGUGGAGAUGGAGGGGAGAGCACUACAUGACCCAUUUAUACUUGGUUUACGAUAAUCGUAGGUUGAAAUACGACGAUUGUAAAAUCUGUCUCCGUAACCAGGUAAGAUCGCAGCGCUUAUACCCACCAAAGGUAUCAUAAUACGGUCGUACAGCUUCUGUCGGGGAUCACAAUAUAUUUGUACAAUAAUAGUUGUGAUGUUAAUAAUAACAGUAAAGCAAAAUAAAUUGAAACAAUGAUGACCCAUUUCGUUUAUUUUGAUGAAAAUAUGAAUCAUGUAUUAAUCACAAACUAUCAUUGCGACAGUGGUAGGCGUAAUAAUGAUGGUAAUAGUCCGCAAGAGAACGGCGAAAUAUAUAGCAUCGACUUCGCAGACGCUUUCUGCAACGUUCAUAAUCUAUUGAAAGUACCCGUCAAAUCACAAUGGACAGAUUAUAGGUCAUUGUCGAACGUUGGUGAAACGGGAGAGCACAUCGUCUUAAGAUCCGGGCUGGACAAAAAAAAAUGCAAAUGUGUCGUUUGCCUAGAUUCCAGGACGCAUGCGACACCGAUUUCGACAAAGGCUGCUUUUAUAUGAAGGUUUCUUUUUAUAAAAUAUUCUCUGCGUUAGAGAAAGCGUCUGCGAAUGAUUCCUAAUAUGCCCUAUGUAAUUUCAAGGACAUGCAUUCUAUUGGAUUUUAAAUAAAACGUCAGGAGUUACUGUCAACAAAGUGGUGAUUUUUAUAGAUGUUGUCUUAACGCUCAUAUUUCACAGUUUGAUAUUGUGUUGGAAAUGUUUUUAAGUGCCUGUAUUUCUUUGCCAACCAACUGACCAAAGACUGCUUGAUAAAAAAAAUCAUUGUCUAUAAUACUGUAAUAGGGGCUUAGAAUGGCGCAAUCAACGAAAUGAGUAUAUUAUUUAAUUCAAUUCGUCUUCGAUGUUACGGACGCAUUUAAAUAGUUAAACAUUUGCAAGUGCUCGAGCUCAAAGACAAUGUAAAACAAUACUCUCAAGAAUGAUAUGUAAAAAUCAUCAUUUGAAAGGUUGGGAGAGUGACAACAUUAUCUGAAUGUUAUAUCCGACCUUGCAAUGCAAUCCAGCAUUUUAAUUAUUGGGUCAAACCGUUUUAAGUGGUAAAUGCAACAUUUAGAAAAAAAUAAAUUGUCACUCCUCCAAACCUAUCAAAUAUUGAUUUAACUUUUCAUUUAUUAAAUUUUUUUUUGGGGGGUAGUGAGAGUUUGGUAUUCGGUUUUAUCAUUUUGCUAGUGAUGAAUCUGAAUAAAUCAUCAUUGUGGAACAAUGUGCGACAAUAUUAUUGUAAUCCUGUUUUUUUUUAUUGUCUGAUUGUUCUAUGAUAAUCAUGUUCUAUUUUUGCAAUCCUACUGAUUUCUGUCAUUGAAACACAAUUACUACAUAAAAUAAUACGUGCGACACAUUGCUUAUUUAAAAAAAAUUGACACUACCAUUCAUCAUUUCUUGAAUCCCCCGGCAAAAUGUUGUAUUAUAUUUUGGAUUCAGCCUCGUUCGUACACCUGCUAUAAAAUUGAUCAUUAACACAUUCCUGACAAUAUGGACAAUAUUGACUCAGAAAGUGCAUUCUUGAAACUAAUAUAACAUCAUUGUGUCAAUAAGCGCAUUUUUCUGCUUCCACAGAUAAUGGCGAUGUACAAAGGCUGUCCAACACCAGUAUCAAUAUCAUCAUCAUCAUCAUAAAAAUAAUAAUAAAUUAUAACAUCUAUAUCACAUUUAAUUGUGCAAUCAUUAUACUUUGCUUGUCAUGCUCACGUUUAUUUGUCCAGGAUACGUUUCGAAAUGAAUCAUUAU